UAGAGGUGGAGUUGUAGGUUAACAGAAGACAUUUCUGAAAGGAAUGACUUGUCUGUAAUUAAAAAACAACAACAAUGACAAAUGGCACUGUGGCAGAGACUGCCAGCUGAUUGUGAACUCCAUCUUCUCUUCCUGGGCACGGGGCCAGACUGCAUUUCCCAGCCUCCCUUGCGAUUAGGUGUGGCUCUGUGGCCACCUUUGAACCAGCGGAGCAGGGAGCUGAGAAGUGGGCCACUUCCGGGCCUGGCCUGUAAAACCCUCCAGGCACAGUUGUCCGUGCCCUUCCCCUCCCUGCUGGCCAGUGCAGAGGUCCCGGUGACCCAGGAGGGCUCCUGCCGUGGGACGGAGGGAGUGCCUGCGCCCGAGCUGCUGUCCAGAGGAGGGCUCGCUGAUGGACAGGCACACCUGUCUGGGACUCUGCACAAGCAAGGAAGCGUUUCCCAAAGUGUAUUCUGCGGAACUAGCACCUACUGUGUUCUCAACACCGUGCCACCUCUAGAAGAUGAUCAUGGGAACAGCAAUAGUAGUCAUGUAAAAAUCUUUUUACCGAAAAAGCUGCUUGAAUGUCUGCCGAAAUGUUCAAGUUUACCCAAAGAGAGGCACCGUUGGAACACUAAUGAGAGAUCAUGAUGCAGCCGCCCUUUUGGAUUUCUUUUUAAUAAUGUGUGACCCUUCACCUUUGAUCCCCUGACCUGCAUUACCUUGGUAACCAUUUCAUUUUUUAAUUUAAUUUCAUUUUUUAAUUUUGGUGUGCAAGCUGUAACAUUUCAUCUCUCAAAGUGUAACGCGCUGAUUUCCUCAAAUAGAGAUAUCCCUUUGAGCGAUAAAUUUGCAAAAUGCUGUCUUCAUUUUCUGUAUUAAAAUUCAUUUCAGUUUUAAAAAUAAAAUGUAAUCUGUGUUUUCA